AUGCGCGAGACCUUUGUAUGGAAUCUGAAUGAUCCUGUCAUCACUCCUGAGCAUUUUGCGCAGACGCUCAUCGAGGAUUAUGCGCUACCCCAGAGUUAUCACGGCGUCAUCACGCCACGUUGACGAGGACAAAGAACUUUCAAAUUUCAGGGCUGCUUACCCAAUUGCGCGGGGGUGCCGCCAAUUGACAUGCUUGAUGGAAUUCGGCGCCUUGCCAGCAUCUGGCCUUACUCAGGUUAACUUGUAGCAGCUUAGUAGCUGACGACGAGCUCGCUUGAUUUUGUUUUGUUGCUCCUGUUGCCUUUGAUCCGAUUUUGUCCCCUCAACUUGUCACUGAGGCUCCAGUCACGGUGACGUGAUGGAUUCUGAGAGGAGAGGCCUCCUAAAAUUUUCAGAUUCGAAGUCCUCUCUUCAAUCCUACAACCAUGACUACGACGGUCGGAUUCUUGUCGCUUCCUACAGAGCUCAUAUGUCACAUUCUAAUCCUCCUUAACCCCAGGGACAUUAGUCGCUGUGCAAUGACUUGCAAUAUCUUUUGGCUUGCGGUCCGGAAUUCUGUCUACAUUC